GUCGCUGAUUGCCUUGGGCUCGAAAAGAAUGAAGUUGAGGAUGCGGUACUGGAAGGCACACAGAUUGAGCAAAUUGAUGAGUUUCUGGAGGAGGAAGGAAAGAGUCACUUGAUGUUCUUCUACCAGGAACCUGAACUAACAGACAAAGACCCAGUGGAGCAGUUACGCCUUGGGGCCCAGAAUAAAUCGAUCAAGGCCUCUAAGCCCAGGGUGUUUGUUACAAAUGGCCGUGAUGUGCCCCUACAUGGCAUGGCUCUUAUAUUCACGAGGGCUGACCCCAAGCAAGCAAUUACAGAGACAACUAUGCUCAAUGAAAUUAACUUCACCACUAUGGAUGCAUCUAAGGGGUGCAAUGGGCAUGGACUCCUCAAUGCAGUGGAAGAUGUUAUGUCACGUAUAUUCAUCCCUUCCCUGCGAAAACUAGAGAAAGGCUGGGGCAGUCUGCAGACCAAAGCAGGGGAACCUGUCAGAACUGAUUUCCUCAAUAACCUGGACUCAUUUGUCUCUGUAUUAUCAGGGGCCCAGCAAAGUCUUGAUGAAAAAGUCAUCUUGAAACCCUGCGAGACUUAUGACCUUGGUGACCUUAUGACCCCCUCUGACUACCAAUCAGCUGCCAGCAACAAUGAUGUACUUGUUGCUAUUGAGGAAUGUAUCGCUGUAUGGAUUAAACAGAUUGAACAGGUUUUGGCAGAGAGUGAACAGAUGAGGCGUGAGGCAGAUGACAUUGGACCCAGAGCUGAGCUUGACCAUUGGAAGAAACGCAUGUCUCGCUUCAACUACUUGCUGGACCAGAUCAAGGGGUCAGAGGUCAAGGCAGUCUUGGGUGUGCUCCAAGCCGCCAAAUCUAAAACAUUGAAGGUGUGGCAAGAGCUAGAUAGACGCAUCACAGAUGCUGCGAACGAGGCGAAAGACAACGUCAAGUUUCUCUAUACACUUGAGAAAUUCUGUGACCCUCUGUACAAUAGCGACCCUGUUGGUAUGGUGGAAACCAUUCCUGGACUUGUGAAUGCUAUUAGAAUGAUCCACAGCAUCUCCCGUUACUAUAAUACGUCAGAGAGGAUGACAUCACUCUUCGUCAAGAUCACAAACCAGAUGAUCACAGCUUGCAAAUCUUACAUCACAGAUGGAGGUGCUGAGACAGUUUGGACACAACAAUCAGAAGACGUCAUCAAAAAAUUAACAGACUGUAUAAAUCUUAACAAAGAAUACCAGAGACAGUUUCACAAAACAAAACAAAAGCUUGAAGAUAUGCCAAAUGAGCGAAAAUUUGAAUUCUCUGAGAUGUACAUAUUUGGAAAGUUUGAUACAUUCUGUCGGAGAUUGUCAAAAAUUAUUGACAUGUUCCAGACUAUGGAGAUUUAUUCCCAUUUGAUGACAUCCAAGAUAGAAGGUAUGGAGAUGAUGGCUGCUAAGUUCAAUGUCAUUGUGACCUCUAUGAAGAAGAAACCCUAUGAUUAUCUGGACCAGCGCAAGAUGGACUUUGAUUCAGAUUUUGAGGAGUUCAAGAGAUCAAUCCAGGAUCUACAUUCAACCAUCACUUCUUUCAUGGAUCAGAGAUUCGAGAGGAUCAACAGCACCCAGCGUGCAUUAUGGCUGUUGAGAAAGUUUGAGCGAUUGAACAUACCAAAUUUGGGCAUAGCAGAGAAAUAUCAGCGCAUCUUGCAUCAAUAUGGCAGAGAUAUUGAAAUGGUGUCCAAGAUAUACCAGAAAAAUAAAAGCGAUCCUCCAGUUGCGAGAGACCUGCCCCCUAUUGCAGGUAAGAUUGCCUGGGCUAGGCAAUUAUUCCGUCGUCUCCAGGAGCCAAUGGAUGCCUUCCAAUCCAUGCCUAACCUCCUCACAGGCCCUGAUGCAAAGAAAAUCAUCAAGAACUACAACAAAAUGGCCAAGGUCCUGCUGGAGUUUGAAGUCCUUUACCAUAGAGGAUGGCUAAGACAGGUUGAGGCCACAAAGUCUGGUCUUUCUGCUUCAUUAUUGGUGCGCCACCCAGAGACUGGGGAGCUGUAUGUGAACUUUGACCCUCAGAUCAUCACCCUCAUCAGAGAGACAGAGUGCAUGGCCAGGCUUGGGCUGGAUAUUCCACCUACUGCCUCAAACCUAAGAGCUAAACAGGGAGUCUUCAAGGAAAACUUUAAUUCACUAAAUCUUGUGAUGCAAGAGAACUCCCGUGUCCGUUCCAAGAUUCCAUCUGCUUAUGAUACACUAAUGGCACCACAUAUAGCUAAGGUUGAUGAAGCCAUCCAGCCAGGACUUAGUAGCCUUACAUGGACCACUCUUAACCUAGAUGCAUACAUAGGGAGUGUAUAUAAGGAGCUAGAGCUAUUAGAGUUGCUGAUAGAGAGGACCAAUGAUCUUGCAGAGUUCCGUAUUGAUGCAGUGUUGUAUGAUAUGUCAACAUUGCUCCUUUGUGAGCUUCCUGGAGACGAACCUUGGACUGUUGAUGAAUUCUUGGAACGUACUGCUACACUGUGUGUGAGAGGGUCUCAGAUCCUACAGUCUAAGAGCAUUAAUGUUGAAGAGGCUGCUAAUGAACUCAUUGAUAUGCUCUGCCCACCUGAAGAAGAAGUAAAUGAUGAAGAAGAGGAGGAAGGAGAGGAAGAAAAAGAUGAGGAGAGUAGUGAUAAAAAGAGUAGAUCCCAAAGUCCCACACAUUCCCACGUCUCCCCCAGGACAGGUAGUCGUAUGUCAAAAACAUCACGUCCAAUGUCGACCACAGCCGAGGCCAUCGCAAAACGCAAACGUGAACAGAAAGAAAACCUAGAAGAAGCAGCUAUGGAACUCCUGAAUCACUUCAAUCAUCGGAACCUAGAUGCUAUUGUAAAGGUUGUGAAAAAUACACUAGAGGCAUUGAGAAAGAGGAUCACAUCAAGCUCUAUGUUACAUUAUCUAGGUGACUCAAAUAAGGGAGAUAGCAGUACAGCAAGGCCAUUUUUCAAGACAUUUGCUCGUCUCACCAUCCCAAAUAUUGUGAUGCAACCUCCCCUUGAUGAAGUCCAACAAGCCAUCAACAAAGCCACCCAACUUGUGCUGAAUGUCUCCAAGGGUGUAUCCCAAUGGAGUAAAGAACGCAAGAAGGGCAACAGAGGCCAGGAUGAUGAAUCCGAUGACUCUCACCAUCAGAGACGUAACAGUGGUGCAAGUGUUGUUUCCGAGGCUUCGCGCAGUGAUAUGGCGUUAUCUCGUGCGACAACACGUCAUGGGGAUCAGAGUGCCGUCACUGCUGUUGCUCAGAUGGUGAAGAAUUAUUUCAAGAAUGUGUCGGAUAAUAAAGAAGUGGCCAAGGUUGUCUCUCUUCUUUCAACAUCAAUCAACUCUACCAAGAAGGAGGUCGUAACAGCCCUUGAGAAGUUCGCCAAGUACCACCCAAUAUGGGAAGUUGACAGAGAUGAAGACCUGGAAGAAUUCAUGAAACAAGAACCCAAACUUUCCGAGUUCCAGUUCAAGAUCCUCCAUUACGAAGACCUGGAGGCCAUGAUUAAAGCUGAGCCUGAGUUCUAUGAUGUUGGACCCAUUGCUCUUUACACAGCCAAAUUGAAGGAGGGUCUUGAGUGUGAGACAACUGCUUGGAGAUUGCAUUAUGGGAAGGCGUGUAACUCGAAAUAUCGCACAGAGAUGGAAGACACGUUUGAAUUCAUUGAAGAUAUUCACAAGCGUCUAACACGACCUGUGAAGGAUUUAGAUGAUAUUCGCCUUGUCAUGGCUUCUUUGAAGGACCUGAGGGAUAACUUUAUCAAAUAUGACAUGAACAUCGGGCCAAUAGAGGAAUCCUAUGCAUUGUUGACUAAACAUGAAAUACCAGUCUCCAAGGAGGAAGUAGAGAGAGUGGACACAUUGAGAUAUUCCUGGGAGAAGCUCCAGAGUCAGUCAAGCGAAUCAUCCACCCACCUGCUCCUGGUGCAACCUAACUACAAACAGGGACUCAUCGAUGAUGUGGAGACAUUUAUCACUGACUGUAGUGACUUCUAUGGUGACUAUAAGAAUAAUGGGCCAAUGGUUUCUGGAGUACCACCGAGGGAAGCCAGCGACCGCCUGAUCAUCUUCCAGAAUACUUUCGAUUCUCUGUAUCGCAAGUACAUCACAUAUACAGGCGGAGAAGAAUUAUUUGGUCUAACAGUCACGCAGUACCCAGAGUUGUUGGUCAUCAAGAAAGAGUUGAACCUCCUCCAGAAGCUGUACAGUCUUUAUAAUGCUGUCAUUGACACUGUAAAUGGAUACUAUGACAUUCUAUGGAGUGAAGUGGAUAUUGAAUCAAUCAAUGUUCAACUGCAGGAAUUUCAGAAUAGGUGCCGUAAGCUUCCCAAGGCUUUGAAAGAGUGGUCAGCUUUUGAAGAGCUCCGUAAAACAAUUGACAACUUCAACGAGAUGGUACCACUCUUGGAGCUAAUGGCCAACAAGUCAAUGAAGACACGUCAUUGGGGAAGAAUGUCAGAAUUGACAGGGCACGUCUUUGACAUAGAGAGCGAUAACUUCACGAUGAGGAACAUUCUAGAAGCCCCAUUGGUUGAAAACAAGGAAGACAUUGAGGACAUCUGUAUAUCAGCUGUGAAAGAAAAGGACAUUGAGGCCAAAUUGAAAACAGUCAUAGCAGAAUGGAAUGGUCAUGACUUCAAGUUUGGAACUUUCAAGAACAGAGGAGAACUACUGUUGAGAGGAGACACCACUGCUGAGAUUGUCUCCCUCAUGGAAGACUCCCUUAUGGUUCUCAGUUCAUUGUUGAGCAACAGGUACAAUGUUCCCUUCAAGAAACAAAUCCAGACGUGGGUACAGAACUUAUCCAAUUCUUCAGAAAUCAUUGAAAACUGGAUGACUGUCCAGAAUUUAUGGGUCUAUCUUGAGGCUGUCUUUGUAGGGGGUGACAUCGCAAAGCAGUUGCCACAGGAAGCUAAGAGGUUCUCCAAUAUCGACAAGUCUUGGAUCAAAAUCAUGACGCGUGCCCAUGAGAAUACAAAUGUGAUCCAGUGUUGUGUUGGUGAUGACACCCUAAGUCAACUCUUACCCCAUCUAUUGGAGCAACUGGAACUCUGUCAGAAGUCCCUCACUGGGUACCUUGAACAGAAACGACUGUUGUUCCCCAGAUUUUUCUUUGUGUCCGACCCUGCCCUUCUGGAAAUCCUUGGACAAGCCAGCGAUUGCCACACCAUUCAGGCACAUUUACUCUCCAUAUUUGACAAUACGAAGUCUGUGAAAUUCCACGAGAAAAAAUAUGAGUCAAUCUUGUCGAUUUUCUCAUCAGAAGGUGAAACAAUUGAUUUAGAAAAACCAGUGGUAGCAGAGGGCAAUGUCGAAGUGUGGUUGAUGUCAUUGAUGAGUAUGGCCCAAAGGUCACUACAUGGAGUUAUUCGCACUGCCGCUAUGGCAAUACAGGACUCAAGCUUUAACUUGCUGGAGUUCCUUAACAUGUUUCCUGCACAGGUUGGUCUAUUGGGACUACAGAUGAUCUGGACAAGAGACUCCACAGAUGCCCUGACCAAUGCUAAGUAUGAUCGCAAGGUGAUGCAAGGUACAAAUAUGGCAUUCCUUGAAUUAUUGAACACGCUGAUCGAUCAGACAACAAGGGAAUUGACUAAGGUGGAACGUACAAAGUUUGAGACACUCAUUACCAUACAUGUCCACCAGAGAGAUAUCUUUGAUGACUUGUGUAAGAUGCACAUUAAGUCCCCUGCAGACUUUGAGUGGCAGAAGCAAUCUAGGUUCUACUUUGUGGAGGACACUGAUAAAUGCCUCAUCUCCAUCACUGAUGUGGACUUUGAUUACCAGAAUGAGUUCCUGGGAUGCACAGAGAGGCUUGUCAUCACACCAUUGACUGACAGAUGCUACAUCACACUGUCCCAGGC